GAGAAGUGGCCAAUGGGAGCGCGGGGGCGGGGCCCAACGGCGAUGGCGCGGGAGGGAGCCCUGGAGCAUCCAGCUGUACCCCCAGAUGUUGGGGAACCCCAAAAACACCUUCCCUGUCCCCGAAAGGCCCUAGAUAUGGUUCAGCAGGAGCCAAAUCCAGAUGUUGGGGACCCAAAAACACCUAAAGCAGCCCAAAACACCUUGGAGGCUUCAGAUGUGGCAGCAGAAACCCCAAAUCCAGAUGUUCUGUGGGCCAGAAAUGGGCAUCGGACGCUGUUGGUGGACAGUGACACGGAUGUGGAGGAGGAGGGGCCAAAUCCAGGUGUUUGUCCCCAAAAUCUGCUUAAAAUUGCCCAAAAUGUGCCUGAAACUCCAGACAUGGGGCUUGCAACCUCAAAUCCAGAUGCUCCAUGGCUUCAAAAUGGGUGUAGGAUGCUGGUGGAGGAGAGCGACACAGAUGUGGAGGAAGAGAAGGCUGAUCCAGAUGUGGAGUUCCCAAAACAACCGAAAGUUACCCAAAACAUUCCAGAAACUCCAGAUGUGGCAGAAAAUACUCCAAAUCCAGAUGUUCCAGGCCCAAAGAUGUGGCGUGGGGUGGCACUGGUGGACAGCGACACAGAUGUGGAAGAGGAUCCAGAUAUGCAGCCCCAAGAAAGGCUCAAAGUGACCCAAAAUGUGCCUGGAAUUCCAGAUGUGGAGGUGGAGACCCCAAAUCCAGCUGUGGAGGCACCCAGAAUGGGUCAUUGGGUGCUGCUGGUGGAGAGCGACACGGAGGAGGAGGAGGAGGAGAAUCCAGAUGUGCAGUCCCCAAAAUGGCUCAGAAUGACCCAAAACGUGUCCAAAACUCCAGAUGGGGCAGUAAAGGCCCCAAAUCCAGAUGUUUCAGGCCCAAAACUCCAUCACCAGAUGCUGAUGGUGGAUGACAGUGACACAGAUGUGGAAAAUGAAGUGAAUCCAGGUGUGCAGACCCAAAGUGUGCCCAGAAUUCCAGAUGUAGAGGUGAAGACCCCAAAUCCAGAUGUGGAAAAGCCCAAACCCAGGCAUCAGACACUGGUGGUGGACAGUGAUACAGAUGUGGAACCCCCAAAAAGGCUUAAAAGGACCCAGAAUGUGUCUGGAACUCCAGAUGUGCAAUUUGGGACACCAAAUCCAGAUGUAUCUGGCCCCAAAAUCAGGAGUCAGAUGCUGCUGGUGGACAGCGACACAGAUGUGGAGGAAGAUCCAGAUGUGGAGCACCCAAAACAGCUCAGAGUGACCCAGAACAUCCUGGAAACUCCAGAUGUGGCUGCAGAGACCCCAGGUCCAGAUGUUUCUGGCCCCAAAAUCAGGUGCCGGACGUUCCUGGUGGACAGCGACACAGAUGUGGAGGAGGCAGAGGUGAAUCCGGAUGUUGAGCCCCUAAGAAAGCGCAAAAUGACCCCAAAUGUGCCUGGAAGUCCAGAUGUGGGGCUGAAGACCCCAAAUCCCGAUGUUGGAAGGAUCAAAAAUGGGUGUCAGACACUGCUGGGGGACAGUGACACAGAUGUGGAAGAAGAUGAGACAACUCCAGAUGUUCAGCCUGCAAAAAGACGGAAAGUGACCCAAAAUGUGCUCGAAAGUCCAGAUGUGCCCAGGCAACGCCCAUAUCCCGCUGUGGAGGGGCCACAGAGGGGUCGCAGGGCGCUGCUGGAAGACAGUGACACAGAUGUGGAGGAGGAGAUGAAUCCAGAUGUUGGAUCCCUAAAAAGACCAGAAACAGCCACAAACAUGCCCGAAACUCCCGAUAUGAGGCUGAAAAUGCCAAGUACAGAUGUUUCAGACACCAGAGUUGAGUGUGGGACGCUGCUGGUGGGCAGUAAGACGGAUGUGGAAGAGGAUGAGAUGAGUCCAGAUGUUCAAUCCACAAAAAGAAUGAAAAUUAUCCAAAAUGUGCCUGAACCUCCAUAUGUGGGGCCAAGACCCCCAAAUCGAGAUGUUGAGCAGCUCCAAGGGACCCGAAACUCAUCCAAAAUUCCAGAUGUGGAGGUGGAAGAGGAGGGAUGGGAUCCAGAUAUGGCCACCCAGCUGUUCCUGCCCUCAAAUCCAGAUGCAGGGGAGGCCAAGGUGGAUCCAGAUGUUGGGAGCCCAAAACUACUCAAAACUACCCAGAAGCCACCCAAAAUUGCAGAUGUGGAGGAGGAGACUCCAGAUCCAGAUGAUGAUGAGGAGUCAGGUCCAGAUGUGGCCACACAGCUGUUCCUCCCCUCUCCAGGUGUUGAAGGCCCUGAAAGCUCCAAAACUCCCCCAAAGGACCCCAAACUUCCAGAUGUGGAGGAGCUGCCCUCCCUGGAUCCAGAUGUGGCCACACAGCUGUUCCUGCCCCCUGGUCCAGAUGUGGAAGCCCACCCAAAUCCAGAUGUUCUGGGCCCAAAACAACCCAAAAUUGCCCCAAAUGAGCCCAGAAUUCCAGAUGUAAGGGUGGGGACCCCAGAUCCAGAUGUAGAGGAAGACUUUGAUGUGGCCACUCAGCUGUUCCUGCCCCCCAAUCCAGACGUGGAAGGGGAGAGCCCCUCAGAUCCAGAUGUGAAGUCCCUAAAAACACCCCAAACUCCCCUAAAAUGUCCAGGUGUGGAGGCAGAGACUCCAAAUCCAGAUGUGGAACGGCCGGAGGCACUCUGCCCAAAUUCAGAUGUGGCCACUCAGAUGUUUUUGUCCUCCAAUCCAGAUGUGGAAGAGGAGGGACCAUUGGAUCCAGAUCUUGGGUCCCCCCCAACACCCAAAACUCCCCCCAAACUCCCCCAAAUUCCAGAUGCGGAGGCAGAGACCCCAGAUCUGGCUGUGGAGGGGCCAGGGGUGCCCUGUCCAGAUCCAGAUGUGGCCACCCAGCCACUCCUGCCCCUUGAUCCAGACGUGGAGCACCUGGAAAGCCCCAAACGAGCUCUGAACAAGUCCCAGAUUCCAGAUGUGGAGGGAGGACCUCCAAAUCCGGAUGUUGGGGGUGCCCCAGGCCCUGCCCAGGAGGACGCAGAAGCUCCACCCACCCUGCAGGUGCGGCGCAGUCAUCGAUUGGCCAAGAGCAGAGGGGGUGGAGCCUCUGCUGGCUCCACCCCCACACAGAAGGAUCAUUACCAAGAACCCAAGCCGUGCCCCUCGCCCAAGCCACGCCCUCAGAGCAGGCGGGAGCCAGCAGGGGCAGGGCUUGAGCAGGCCACGCCCUCCACUCCCAUAAAAGGAGAUGGGCGUGGCUCAGCCUCAGCCCCGCCCCCACAGGAGGAGGAGCCAGCAGCGGACACCAAGCGCAGCCUCCGCCCCCGGACAGCACCAGGCCCAGCCCAAAUCCGGGUCCUGUUCACAGGCCUGGUGGCCUCCCCUGCACUGCUGGUGGCCCUGGGGACGCUGGGUGGCACCGAGGCCACCUCAGCGACCGACUGCACUCACCUGGUGACCGAUGGCAUCCGCCGGACCCUGAAGUUCCUGUGUGCCCUGGGCAGGGGUGUCCCCAUUGUCACCCCCCAGUGGCUGCUGCAGAGCUCCCACGGUGGCCGCCCGCUGCCCCCGGGUCCCUUCCUGCCCCGGGACCCCUCCUGUGAGCGGCGCUUUGGCUUCCGGCUGCGCCCGGCGCUGGCCCAGGCACGGGCACGGCCCCUGCUGCAGGGUUACCGGGUCCAUGUCACCCCCAGUGUGCAGCCGUGCCCCGAGGACAUGCGGGACAUUGUCACCUGCUGUGGUGGCACCUACCUGCCACAGCUGCCUCGGGAGCACACGCCCCAGGUGCUGGUGAUCUCGUGCCCCCAGGACCACGCUCUCUGGGCCCCGGCUGUGACCGCAGGGCUGCCGCUGCUCUCGGCGGAGUUGCUGCUCACAGGGGUCCUGCGGCAGCGCCUCGACAUCGCCCAGUUCCUGCUCACGCCCCUAAAUCCCCCAGACCCCCCCCUAAAAACCCCAAAUCCCCCCCCAAAACCCCAAAAUCCCACCCAAAAACCCCAAAGUUCCACCCAAAAAACCCAAAAUCCACCCAAAAAAAAGCCAGAUCCUGCCCGAAAACCCCCAAAUCCUCCUCGAAAAUCCCAAAAUCCCACCCCAAAUCCCCCAAAUACUGCUCAAAACCACCAACCCCCCCCCCAGAAAAACCCAAGUCCUGCCCAAAAUACCCCAGCCUCACCUCACACUCCCCCUCCGAGCCCCCCCAGGACCCGGAGUGGGUGGAGACACCCCCAAAAUCCCCCCCAAAACCCCUCAAAUUCAGGGAACCCCCCCAAAUCCCCAAAUCCGCACCAAAAAACCCCAAAACGACCCCGAGGUCACUCAGAGGGUCCCGACCCCAAUUUUGGGGUCUCAGACCCCCCCCAGGAGCCCCCCAGGACCCGGAGCCGUUGGCGACCCCCCCAAAAUCCCCCUCUAGACCCUCCAAAUUCAGGAAUGCCCCAAAAAACCCCAAAGCGGCCCCAAAAAACCCCAAAUCCACCCCCCAAAAAACCAAAUCUGCCCCGAAAUGCCCCCAAACAGCCCCGGGAUCCCCCGGGGGGCCUCAACCCCAAUUUUGGGGUCCCAAGUCCUCUCCCAGACGCCCCCCCCGAGCCCCCCCGGACCCGGAGUGGGCGGAGACCCCCCCAAAAUUCAGGGAUGGCCCCAAAAACUCCAAAUCUGCCCACCAAAGCCCCCAAAGGGCCCCAAAAUGCCCCAAAUUCCACCCAAAAUCGGCCCCGGGGUCUCCCCGAGGAUCCCCACCCCAAAUUUGGGGUCUCCGAGCCCCCCCCGAGCCUCCCCCGGACCCGGAGCCGCCGGGGACCCCCCCGGGACCCCCCAAAAUCCCAAUAAAGCGAGU